UAAAUUAGUUGGGCUGAGACCACGACCAAUGCGGUCGUAUUGCAUACAGUUUUUUUAUUGGCCGACAUACUGUUAACAUCGCUGUAAAAUUAAGUAAAAUACGUAUUUUAAAAUUAUUACAGAGCAGUUACAAAGAUGUCAGUUCAAAAUGGAGACGCCAAACCCUUGAAUGUUGCGGUGGUUGGCGGCGGUUUGGUAGGAUCCCUCGAAGCUCUAUAUUUGGCAAGAAGAGGACACCGCGUUACUCUAUAUGAAUAUCGUGAAGAUAUAAGAAAAACGCCACUUGUGAGGGGCAGGUCGAUAAAUCUGGCUCUAUCCGUGCGCGGGCGCAGAGCUCUACGCGAUGUUGGCUUGGAGGACACUAUGGUCAAAGAACAUGGUAUACCCAUGAGGGCCAGAAUGAUUCAUAGACCUGAUGGUUCUACAUAUUCUAUACCUUAUGAUGCUAGAACAAAUCAGUGCAUUUAUUCGGUGGGCAGAAAUUACUUAAAUGCUGUUCUACUUAAAGAAUCUGAAAAUUACAAUAACGUGACGAAACAUUUCAACCACAAGUUACUAGAAGCUAAUUUACCAAAAGGUGAACUUAAGUUUGAGAAGAUGGACACAAAAGAGACUGUAUCAGUGGCUGCUGACUUGAUAGUAGGCGCUGAUGGUGCAUUCUCAGCAGUUCGCCGGGCAAUGUUGAAACAACCAUUGUUUGAUUUUAGCCAGCAAUACAUUGAACACGGGUAUUUGGAGCUGUGUAUACCGCCGAGCAGUGAGGGUGGAUUUCAGAUGCCUCCAAAUUAUCUUCACAUUUGGCCUCGUGGUAAUUUCAUGAUGAUCGCCCUUCCUAAUCAGGAUUGUUCAUGGACAGUGACUCUCUUCAUGCCUUUUAAAAACUUCAAAGGCAUCGAUUCAGAAAGUAAGCUACUGGAAUUCUUUGAGAAAUACUUCCCGGAUUCUAUACCGUUGAUUGGAGAGAAAAAAUUGAUUGACGAUUUUUUCGGUGGUUCACCGUCGCCGUUAAUUACAAUUAAGUGUCGUCCAUACCACGUAUCAGACAAAGCAAUAAUCAUUGGAGACGCAGCACAUGCAGUAGUUCCUUUCUACGGCCAAGGAAUGAACGCAGGAUUCGAAGACUGCACAAUUCUGAACAACCUCUUCCAAAAGCACAAUGAUGAUUUGUCACAAAUAUUAACUGAAUUUUCAAAUACGAGAUGGCAAGAUGCUUUUGCGGUCUGCGAUCUCGCUAUGUAUAAUUAUAUCGAGAUGCGUGACCUCGUUACCAGACCCUCAUAUAGGAUUAGGAAAGCGGUGGAUGACCUGAUAUAUUGGUUCUCCCCAGAGUUGUGGGUACCUCUGUACAACUCUGUUACAUUCAGUACGAUGCCGUAUAGCCAGUGUGUCAAAAAUCGACAAUGGCAAAAUAAGGUUUUGGCAAUUAUAAUCUUCAUGGCAGGCGUGUUUGCGUUUAUCCUGUUAUUUUGGGCUCGGAGAUGAAAGAUUGAAUAUAUUUAUUAUUUUUUUCUUGCAUAAAUGCCAUAUUAUAUUUAAUAUUUAAUUUAUUAAAUAUUUAUAGACAUUUGGAUGUAAAUUAAAUACAUUUUUAGAUUUUAUUCAAUAUGAUGAUAGUUUUACCGCAUUUAAAUAUUCUAAAAUGAAUUUUAUCAUUAAGCCUGCGUUUAUUGUGCCAAUAAAAUAAUUUUAAGAAUA